AUGAUGAAAUCCGGAUACGGGAAAUUAGACAAACCUGACGUCAUCGUGCGCACUUGCCGACCUUGACCGGAGAGAGCUACGGUAAACAAUGGAAAAUCAAGACAAAAUUCAAGAUGUUUUAAGCAGUUUUGAGAAAACGCCGUCUAGAGAUAUACCACCGCUUUUGGAAGAUUAUUUACGCACAGUCGCGAAAACUGGUAAAACUGUGUUUCCAUGGCAACAGCUCAAGUUAUUAUUUGUCCAGAAACUAGAGCAGGUGAUGGAACAGUUCAACAAAGAUGACCCAUGUGAUCGGCAGACACCAUUCCCAAAUGUUGAAAACACAAAAUUUAAUGAAAUGAGACAACGUAUAAUAGAUGCUCUGCAGAAAUUUAAUGGUGCACCCUUUACAGUUCAGAGGAUCUGUGAGCUUGUAACACAACCAAAGAAACAUUAUACGCAAUGUGAUAAAUUCUUGAGAGGAAUUGAAAAGAAUGUGAUGGUUGUAAGCACAGUGGAUCCACACGGAAGAAAAAUUGUAUCAGACUCGCACCCCCUGGUCAAUGGUUUGGAUAUGAAUGGUGUCAAUCAGCAAAGAUCAGAUUUAAAUGACAUCACAGAUGGACAGCCGUUUGGACCAGGCCCACUUGUAGACUGGUCUGGGAAUAAUGUUGCCACUGUCUGGCCUGAGCCUACUGCUACUGAUAACAAAAAUAAUUCCAGUGCAGCAAAUGAUGAAGCAACUACAGAUGAAAAAAAUAGUGAAGUGAAAUCUGAUGAGAAUAAUCUAGAAAAUGUUGACUCGGGGCUACCUAAAGCUGCCCCAGAAUCAGAAAACAGUACUGAUCAAUUAGUUGUUAAAGAUUUUGUUGUCAGAGAUAGUGCAACUUUGUCAGUUUCAUCAAACGCGUUGUCAAGUGAGACAGAAAAUAAGACUGAGAAAGCUGAAGUGGAAAACACUGAACAAAUUGAAAAUCAGGAUAUAUCAAAAAAUGAAAAGUCAGUCAUAUUGAAUCAGCCAUCUGAAAUGUCAUUGGAUAGUGAGGUAUCAGGUAAUUCUGACAGUCAAUCAGAAGUCAGUAAAGAAGAAGUAGGUACUGGUGCCACAACAGAGAAACAUACAAUGGAUACCACCGAUGCAACAGAUGAUGAACCUCCGGAGAAAAAGCUUAAGGUUGAUAUCCAGGUACCAGACAGUGGUGAAAAAGAACCAAAAACACAGGGACCAGCUGUAGAUGAAAGCCGGGUUCAAGAUUCAACUGUAGAUUCAUCUCAGGUCCAGGGAAUUGCAACAUGUGAACAAACAGAGUCAUCAGGAAAUGUUUCAGAUGCAAAGUCUGAAAGUUGUCGUGAAGAAGGCGAUAAAAUCGAAAAGUCAACUAAUGCAGUUCAACAGCAGCCUGAAGGAAAUGUCCCUGUCUCUGAAGACAGCCAAUCAAAAGCGACAACACAGGAAGCUGCAAUAGAACAAAACCAAUCAGAAGACAGCUUACAGAAAAUGGCAAAACCAGAUUGUGAAAGCUCUUCAGAAAACACAUCUGAACAUAGUGUUCCAUCAAAAACAGUCUUGGACACCGCAGAAACUAGUACUCCUUCUGUAGGUGAUGCAAAAAUCAACAAAGAACCUCAAAAACAGGAAGGUGAUGGUGCUGUUGAACAAACAGAAGAUAGCAACUCUGGUGCUGAACUCAUGGACACUGACACAGCUCCAGAAAAUAAAGAAACAGUAGUUGAACAGAAAGAAACAACAGACGAAAGUGAACCUAUGGAACAAGAAUAAGAAAACUGUGGUGUAAAAUAAAUAAAAGGAGACUCACAGAACAGGCAAAGAAAUGGAGGAUCAUACCUUGAGAUUGUUAAAUGCUAGGAGGAAAACUUUAAAACAUAAAAAGGAAGCCAUUUGGCAUUUGAGAAUUAAUUGAAAAUUGUUGUAUAAAUAGAAAUAUUUACAUUCACUUGGAAAGAAAAAAGUGUUUGUUUCAGUAUUAACAACAUUGGUGUCAUAAUAUCAUGGACAGAUUUUUCCUGGAAAUUGCACGCGUAAUCUGAUGUCUUUCACAAAGCAUUAGCAAAAUGCAUCGUUCAAGAAAUCCUUCCAAAAUUGGACACCAGAAUUUCAAAAAGAACAAGGUUUCUGAUGGUAAAGAUCAAAAUUGAAUCGACUCGGUUGAAUGAUUUUUUUCUCUGGAUUUAACAAUAUUUUAGAUAAAAACCAGGGACAGUAUUUUUAUCGGAAGACAAAUUUCAAAUUGAACGUGGGCAGAUCUUUUUGACUAUUCUAUUUAGAUGUUGAAAAGUUUUAUAUUCAGACAAUUUUAUUUUCUGAUACAAAUAGAAAGCAAACCACUCCUUUUGUAGCAAGCUACUGUAAAAAAUCUAGACAUAAAAAUUGAAUGCUGUUUUUGUGAGUUUAUAGGGGUAUAAAUCACAUUGGGACUAAUUGUAAAUUACGGAUAUGCAAGACGUCCCAGUGUGGUUUAUACCUGUAUAAACGCACAAAAAAUAGCAACAAAAAUAACUGUAACAGUGUACAGUAAGAAUAAGGUUGGUGUGAUACGCAAAAGAAGGCGUAUUGGAAGACUAAAUCUUGCUAAUAGUAGAGAUGUUGUUAUAUAUAUGUAUGCGUACAAUCAUGUAGUACAUCCCUAUUCAUAACAGUGAGUGCUGCAGUUGUCUGAAAACUUGAAGCUUGCUACAGAUUGAUUUACACUUUAAAGUGGGUAUGUAUGUUUUUACAGGCACAUUCAACAUGUUAGAAUUUUUUUAAAUAGUUUUGAUGUUCUGAAUUUUGAUACAUCAGAUGCUGAAAUAAGUAUGGUAAUAGAAUCUAUUACAUACAUGUAUAUCAGUACAAGUGUCAAAUCACAUUCUCUAUAUUGACUCUGUAAAGUACUAGAAUAAAAAUUGGAGUUCUGUUUGGGAAACUGUUGUAUGGUUGAUCCUGAGCAAAGUUAUGUUAUAGUUGUUCCAGAGGAAUGGUUUGUUAUAGAAACAGAAAAAGGAAAAGUAACUGUUGAUGUUUUAGUUAACUGACAAAAAAUUUGAGUUAUCAUUGCAGGUGUCAUAAUAUAUCAUGUAUACGCAAACCUUUUAAGUACUGCAAAAUCCGGCUUGACUUUUUUUUAUCCAAAAGUGAGAAAUUGUGUUAAUAAGUGAUUUUAUUUAUCAUAUGUUACAGUUUAGAACCGUCUUUGUGACAAUGGGCCAUACUAUUGCAUGGUGAUGGAUACAAUGUUUAGGGUUUUAAGAUGGAGACCAGUCCAAGAAUUCAGCUUUGUCAUUGGUCAAUUUCAAAUCUGAGCUCAUAAUCAACCAGUCAUCUGCUGGAAAUUUGUGACUGGUCCCCACACCAAGCUUUGUAACCUUGAACACAUGAUGUAGACUGAGCUUUUAUUAGUUUUUGAUGGAGAAAGAACAACUAAGUUUUAGUUGGUCUGUGAGAUGAGUUCUGAACUUCUAAAGGUUGAGUCAGUAGAUUUACAAACUCCAGCAGCUCUGGCUGUUAAGUGCUUUUAUUUGAUACAGUGCUUUAAAAAAUAUGCAAAAAUUGAUUUUAAUAACUUCUUAUCUCGGUAUCUUUAAAUGGUUUGUUGUUAAUAAUCAAACCUAGAGUGAAAUCAUUGAUAAUUGUGUUGAUUUAACUGAAACAAACAUAACUGGCUUAAGCAAAUAAGUAUAAUCAGAAAUCUUUGAUAAAGAUCUUUUACGUAGUACAUGUUUUUAGCUCACCUGUCACAAAGUGUCACAUUUUUCAUGGGAUCUUUAUGAAAGUUGGUCAGAGUGUUCAUCUUGAUGAUAUCUAGGUCAGGUUCGAAACUGGGUUACGUGCGUUCAAAAACUAGGUCAGUAGGUCUAAAAAUAGAAAAACCUUUUGACCUCUCUAGAGGCCAUAUUUUUCAUGAGAUCUUCAUGAAAAUUGGUCAGAGUGUUCACCUUGAUGAUAUCUAGGUCAGGUUCGAAACAGGGUCACGUGGGGUCAAAAACUAGGUCAGUAGGUCUAAAAAUAGAAAAACCUUGUGACCUCUCUAGAGGCCAAAUUUCUCAAUGGAUCUUCAUGAAAAUUGGUCAGAAUGUUCACAUUGAUGAUAUCUAGGUCAGGUUCGAAACUGGGUCACAUGGGAUCAAAAACUAGGUCAGUAGGUCUAAAAAUAGAAAAACCUUGUGACCUCUCUAAGGGCCAUAUUUCUCAAUGGAUCUUCAUGAAAAUUGGUCAGAAUGUUCAUUUUGAUGAUAUCUAGGGCAAGUUCGAAACUGGGUCAGGUGCAGUCAAUAACUAGGUCAGUAGAUCUAAAAAUAGAAAAACCGUGUGACCUCUCUAGAGGCCAUAUUUUUCAAGAGGUCUUCAUGAAAAUUGAUCAGAAUGUUCAACUUGAGGAUAUCUAGGUCAGGUUCAAAACUGGGUCACAUGCGGUCAAAAACUAGGUCAGUAGGUCUAAAAAUAGAAAAACCUUGUGAUGUCUCUAGAGGCCAUAUUUCUCAAUGGAUCUUCAUGAAAAUUGGUGAGAGUGUUCACCUUGAUGAUAUCUAGGUCAAGUUCAUAACUUGGUCAUGUGCCUUCAAAAACUAGGUCAGUAGGUCGAAAAAUAGAAAAACCUUGUGACCUCUCUAGAGGCCAUAUUUUUCAUGAGAUCUUAAUGAAAAUUGGUGGGAAUGUUCACCUUGAUGAUAUCUAGGUCAAGUUCAGAAGUGGGUCACGUGCCUUCAAAAACUAGGUCAUUAGGACAAAUAAUAGAAAAACCUUGUUACCUCUCUAGAGGUCAUAUUUUUCAAUGGAUCUUCAUGAAAAUUGGUCAGAAUUUUUUAUCUUGAUGAUAUCUAGGUCACAUGUGCUCAAAAUCUAGGUCACUAUGUCAAAUAAUAGAAAUAACGACAUCAUACUCGGUUCAACACUGGGUCAUGUGGGGAUAGGUGAGCGAUUCAGGACCAUCAUGGUCCUCUUGUUAUUAUUUUUUAUUUGGAUAAUUUGGCAGCAUUGGCAGAACAAGAGCAUUUAAAGAUUUUUUUUUUUAAUUUAACAAACAAAUGAUUGUUUUAAUUUUUGUCAGUGUUAUCAAUGAAUGUUUAGUUUUGUCUUGCAGCAGAUAGAAUACUAUGAAAUACUUAAUAUGGAAAAAGCAAGAUUUUUAUUUAGAACAUUGAUACAGUAGACUUGGUAUGGUCAUGUUUUACUUUCACAUUAUGAUUUGCAAUUAAGAGGCAAAAUUGAUUUGUAAGUAAUGACUUGAUGUAAAAGUAAACAUGAAAUAAAUUAUUUUAAAAGUAAA